AUGGAUAAAGAUAGACUCACAGAAGAAAAAAUACAAAGAUUUGAGGAAUUUGUUGAUAGGCGCCUAAAACCUGACCUUGUUCGAGCCAUUGGUGAAAGGGACAAAGUUUUUGAGCAACAGAAAGUCUUCUCAGAUCUUAGAAGAAAUUUGGAGAGUCUUGAAAAGAAUAGUGUAACAAGUCUCAGGUCAAUGGUCAAUCUUGGGUCUGAAGUAUACGCACAAGCUGAUGUACCUGAUACACGCCACAUAUUUGUAGAUGUUGGCCUUGGAUUUCAUGUAGAGCUCACUUGGUCUGAGGCUUUAAAGAUCAUCCCUGCUAGAGAAGAAAAGUUUGCUAGGCAAAUUGAGGAAUACACUCGUCUCAUUGCACAAAUCAAAGCUCAAAUUAAGAUGGUUUCACAAGGUAUACGAGAGUUGCUACAACUGCCAGCUGAAUGACUUCACAGAGUUAAGAAAUUAAUCGGUAAUAUAUUGUUAGUGUCAAAGAGAAGGCAUAAAAAAAAAAUUCCAAAUUGUUUAAAUCAGAAUUGCUUAUUUUUUCUAGAGAAAAUUAAGGUUAAUGGUUAAAUAGCUUUUUUAAGAGUUUUUGAAACUUGAAAAUGUGUUUGAAGUUGUGAUUGCCAAUUUUGAAUCUAGUUUAAAAGUUCAAAAAGUGGCAAAUCUACCAUUGGACCAAAACUGAAAAAGAAGUUACACCAAAUGGGC